CCUCCGACUCGAUGGAUUGCUCUUCAGCCUGCCUGGCUUCGUGUGUCCUCGGUCGACUUCUCUGAACCCCACCUGCAACUGGCAAAUUACCAUAAUUUACUUUGGUUUCCAGGACCAGCUGGGCGUCCAUGCCAUGGAGGUGGGGGUUGUCCUUCCCUCUGUUCGUCCGGGUCGCCAUUGGAGUCUAGCUGUUACUCCCUUCGGCUGACCGGGCUGGCCAUCGCUUCUCCUCUCUUCAGGGCUGGUAGUCGCACAGUUUUCUGGAUCCCAUUUGACUUAGAACCUGAUAAUCAUGAGGUGUCGUCAUCUACUACCCUAACUGAAGACUUGGAGGUCAGAGAUACCGGAAAGCCUGACAACACACUUCGUACAGGUAUAGUGGUGCGAUUGACGGCUUGGAUGGGCCCUGGUCGUUUAAUUCUUCAGUCUUAUCCCUUCCUGGAAUCGUUUGAGCCCAAGAACAAGUAG